AUGGGUGACUGGAGUUUCUUGGGGAACAUUUUAGAGCAGGUGAAUGAGCAGUCUACUGUCAUCGGGAGAGUUUGGCUCACAGUGCUCUUCAUUUUCCGCAUCCUGAUCCUGGGAACAGCUGCCGAGCUAGUGUGGGGAGAUGAACAGUCAGACUUUGUGUGCAACACCCAGCAACCUGGUUGCGAGAAUGUCUGCUAUGAUGAGGCCUUCCCCAUCUCCCACAUCCGGCUCUGGGUCCUGCAGAUCAUUUUCGUAUCCACGCCUUCGCUGAUGUACUUUGGGCAUGCGGUGCACCACGUCCGUAUGGAGGAGAAGAGGAGAGCGAGAGAGGAAGCUGAGAGGCGUCAGCAAGCUGAGGUGGAUGAAGAGAAGCUGCCCCUGGCUCCAAAUCAAAACAAAGGCAACAACCCUAAUGCAACCAAGAAGUUUCGCCUGGAGGGUACCCUCCUGAGAACCUACAUCUUCCACAUAAUUUUCAAAACCCUCUUUGAGGUGGGAUUCAUAGUAGGUCAGUAUUUCUUGUAUGGCUUCCGAAUUCUCCCCCUCUACCGCUGUGGGCGGUGGCCCUGUCCCAAUCUUGUGGACUGUUUUGUCUCCAGGCCCACAGAGAAGACCAUCUUUAUUAUGUUCAUGCUGGUGGUGGCUUCUGUGUCCCUCUUUCUCAACCUGGUGGAGAUCAGUCACUUGAUUCUGAAAAGGAUCCGGAGGGCUCUGAGAAGACCAGCAGAGGAACAGCUUGGGGAGGUCCCGGAGAAGCCUCUCCAUGCCAUCACAGUCCCCUCCAUCCCGAAGGCCAAAGGCUACAAGCUGCUGGAAGAAGAGAAGCCAGUGCCCCACUACUUCCCUCUCACAGAAGUGGGGGCUGAGCCCAGUCCCCUUCCAUCAACCUUCAAUGAGUUCGAGGAGAAGAUUGGGAUGGGACCAUUGGAAGAUAUCUCCAGGGUGUUUGACGAGAGGUUACCAUCAUAUGCACAAGCGAAGGAACCGGAAGAGGAGAAGGUAAGAGCAGAGGAGGAGGAGGAACGAGAAGAGGAGCAGCUGGGACUUCAGGAAGAGCCAGGGGUGAAGAAAGCAGAGGAGGUGGUGAGCGAUGAAGCGGAAGGGCCAUCAGCACCUGCUGAACUCGCCACUGAUAUGAGACCUCUCAGCAGGCUAAGUAAAGCCAGCAGCCGGGCCAGGUCAGAUGAUUUGACUGUAUGAAGGUGCAGGAUAUGGGGGAGCACAUGAAAAAGAAAAGGUUGACAAGAAAAGGAGAGAUAGAGAAAGAAUCAAAAGAUAUUUUUAAGUAAAGUGCUAAAAUGACCAUUUGAAUAUUAUUUCCUCUUGAGAUUCUCAACUGGAAAGGUACUAUCAUGGUAACUGUGCCUUAUUCGCCCUGUAUGUCCAUUUGAAAAGGAACAUUUCCCUUGUUUCCACAUGCCAUCUCACUCCUUACAGUAAUAUCUACACUGUACUCAUAACUGAUGUCUUUUAAAACCUAACGUGGCAGCGAAACCCAAAUGUCACCACUGUGAACGUAUUUACUGGAAGUUUUGUAUUCUACAUUUCUCUAGGAACAUGGGGAGGAUCUGUCCCUUCAGCCAGUGAGGGGGGAGACUGAUUAACAACUGUAUCUACUACUUCUGUUUCUGUUUCCACCUAUGGCAUGUUGAACAGAUCUCCCCUUCGCUGUUGGCAGGGAAUUGCAGUUAUUUAAUUCACAAAGUUAAUUCUGUGCUUAGCAUCACCACACUAAAACAGUAAGCAAAGCACUAUUUCCCCUCUCUAUUCAGGAAAGAAAGGCCAAAAUGUCUCCAAUCUCUCUGUGAAUGCAAAUCUGAGUUAGGUAAAAAUAUUUCCCCUUCGUCAAAAAUAUUUCUGCUUUUCAAGUGACAUUGACACAUUGAGGUUAACAGUAGCUCUCAACUAGGAUUUAGCAGAUGCCCACAGCUGGAUUAUUUGUUCCCAAGAGGGUCAUCCAGCCCCGAGCCUAUUUCAGAGCACUGGAAAGAAUAAAUUCAAGUGAUAUUUUUUACUUGUGACUUAAAGAUCUGAAACUCCAUUUAGCAAAGCAAGCGUGGGAAGGCUUCUGUGAAAGGAGGAAACAGCUACAGCCCCCAGAGCACGAAACCAAAUAUAAGCCCUCACGGCAUGAUCCUGACAUGUGCUCAGUUCCUGGAGCUCCUGGACUUACAGGCACUCAGCAAAUAUCAGGUACAGAGUCCUGAAGGCACCUCUGAACCUAAACCAGGGGUCUGGGUGACUAUGUGACUAUUUAAACCUUGAUAUACAAAACUGGCUGUUCAAGUUUGAAAAGUCCCACAUGAUAAUAGUCUUUUGACAUUCUUUGGUUUUAAUUUGACAGACAGGAGCCAUCCAGUGGUCGACUUCUCUAUUAAAUACCGAAGUCUCAAGUAAAACAAGGCCUUUCAAAAGACGAUUUAGACCUUUAGUGCCAACAGGUUCUUACGGAACUCUCAGAGCCUCAGCAAAAUCUUUUUUGUUACAAAAGGCAGAAAAGCGUGCGCUUGCAAAUGUUUAAAUGUCUGUGGAUUUUUAAUUUUAGGACUACAGCAGCACCUUUUGGCUGGGUCAGCGCAGCAAUGCGCUCAAAAGCUUCAGGUUAACAGCUAUGUCCCCCCAAAACUGAGCCUCAUGCCAGAAAAGUGCAGGUAUGCACUCUCAUCUGCUCUGCUCUGCAAACCUCAGACCCUGCCAGCUCAGCAAAUUCUUUCUGCUGGGCUGCAGCCCAUCCUAUUGUUCCCAGGGCAGGCUCUAAUCCAGGUCAGGAAAAAAAAGGUCUUUGGCAUAAUGCAUAAAACUCAUCCCACCAUUAGCUAGAAAAGACCCCCUGCAGUCUCCCAUUGUAGCAGGGCUGACUCAAAGCCCAUUGAAGUCAAAUGGGUGUCUGAGAGAGCUUUGGGCAGGCUUGGGCUCACACCUCCAACCCUGCUGCCCCAGGCCCCAGUCCAGGCAGCCACCAGUACAGUCAGUUCUGUCACUCGCUGAUCUAACCUGUUUGGUGGAGUUCCCGUGCCUUGUUAUACAGCUGCCCCAUACGAGCAUAAAGGUGGCUGGACUUCACUGCUGAGUGAAGUAAGCUGUACAUAUGUAGAAAGUUUGUAGGGUGCAUUGGGAUUCUUCAGCACCAUAGCGGUGCCAUGUUGUUUGUUUUUUGGUGUUGGUUUUUUUUUUUUUAAUACUUUUAAUCCUUUUGCUCCUCUUGGGCCCAUUUAUCCCAUUUUUUUUUGCCAGGGUUUGCAGCCUGAGGUCAAAAUCUUUGCUCCCUUGACAAAGGCUGUUCGAUUGUGCUUCCUUGUGAAGGAAGACUGGAAGGUACCUUCUCAGUUUUAGGAAGGAACAUGACAAAACAACAUAUGCGAAGGAACAUGCAGAGAGAGAAUCUGGAGGCUACCAUUUAUCCACUCUCUUAAUACAGAAGCAGGAGACCAGUUAACACAAACAAAAGGCAACUGAGGAAAGAGAAUGUUUUUCAGCAGGAAAAGGUCCACUGUGCCCAAUACUCUACUACAAUUCAAGCAAGGGCAAAGAUUUAGAUGAACAGCAAAAUCACCAUACUUAUAUGAGAUGGGAUCUAUUACUUUUCACUUUCUUCACAGAAUGAUAUAAGAGGGUUUUAAUAAUUCUAAGCAGAUAUAAUGGUUCUAAACCAGACCACUCAUUAAAGGGGGUUGGAAACACACUUUCCUGUAGGUAAAAAAAUAUAUCUGUAACGGUUCAGUAUAAGGUAUUUUCUGCCUUCUUCAGAGCACCUGACACUUCCAGAUACCGAUGGACUAGAUGAAUCACGCCCACCCUUGCUUAAUUCUAAUUACUUGACAAGUCCUUUUACAUACAAAAUAUUUUAAUAACCAUCCCUGUUCUUGGCCUCUGACAUGCAUACCUUCAAUUAGAUCACCGGACUACUUAAGAAGAGUGCUUAUUCAGCAAAGGUAUAUAGUUCACAAUAUGGCUGCCAGACGGUCCAGUCUUGGAUCUUCAGAUGUUGAGUAUGUCAUUCUUUUUCACUGGAGUGCCUCAGUAAAAUGCACUUUAUGCAGCGCACUCAAUGGACACUCUGUAGUUCUUUCACAACUGCUGCAGGAAAGCUUGUUUCUUCCUCCGGGUCACAACAGCACAAUGACACAAGCCAGUGUUUUCCUCCUGCAUCCAGUCAACUGCUUGUUGAUUAUUUUUUCGAGCCAGUUUUCAAGUAUCCUGCCAGGCUGCUAGCGGAUCUGUUGCCACCAAGUACCAGCCGCGGCAUCAAGACAGCACUUCUCGGCAAACUGGGCAGGGAACUAACAGUCCGGUCUUCUGGCAUUCAGCCUCAUCUCUGCAAUGAAAUCACUGUGGGACUGUCAGCAAGUCAUUCUUCCUUCUUGUACACUUAGGAAUCAUCUUCUACCUCACAAAGACGAUGUGAGGCUUGAUAUAUUGUGUUAGUAAUAGAAUGGGAGGUCCUUGGAUGGAAGGCCCUACAGAUGAGCAAAGGAUUAUUGCUAUUUCUGGAUGUGAUAGCAUAUAAAUGUGUUUUAUUCCCUCUCAAUGAGACAAAUUUAAUCGUUUAUUCAAGAAAUUCCUAGUGAAGUUGCAAAACAGCCUCAGAGCUGUGGAUUCAGUAUAUGAUUCUACUCAAAAAAUAAUUAAGCAAACCAAAGAUCUCGAUGUAAAGAACAGGGAAAAUUAUCUUCUUGGGAAGGGGGAAGUCACUGGACAAUUAGAGCCAUGCCUGGAUCAUUUAAUGGUGUGUGCACCCCCCUGGCUCCCUGUGCAACUAAAUUACUAACUGAUCACAUGGCUCUCUGCAAGGAGCAUAAGAUGCAAGUGUCAAAAUCACCAAAGGAGGUGAAAGUAGAAGAGAAAGGUAGUGUCUUAGCUUAUAAUAGCAUGUGGGAGUUGGUGUCCCCUAGUGUCUAGAGCAGUGGACCUAGGAUAAUAAUCUUAGAUUUAUUUCCAGCUCUGCUUCUGACUUGCUGUGAUAAUCACUUUACCUCUCAGUGCCUGUUUUCUCCACCUGCAAAAUGGGUGUAAGAAUUUCCACCUACCUCACAGGGAUGUUGUGAGGCUUCCUUAAUUCUGUUUGUAAAGUAAGUAGGAAUGAUCUGAUGAAAAGCACU